CCUUGUUAGGAAUUUGUACGUCCAGAAACUCUGAGCCCCUUGCGCAACCUCUACUUCAACGGCUCACAAUGAAUGUUCGGUGCAUCUGCCUUGUUCUUCUCGUUUGCGGAGGUGGUGUGCAUGGCAGAUGUUUUACCCCAUCCUUUCUAUCAAAGAAGAAAGAUUCAGGAGCGUGUCUCAAGAAGCCUGAUCCAGGGUCAUGUAAGGCUAUUAUACCAAAAUGGUAUUAUGAUCAAAUGGUCUCUGGAUGCAAAUUGUUUAUCUACGGCGGCUGCAAUGGAAACAACAACCAGUUCGCAUCGGAGUUAAAAUGCCUAGAAUACUGCCAGCCCAAGAUGAAGAAAAUACCAGUCUGCAGCUUGAAACCAAAGCCGAGACAAUGCGAGUCCAAAGUCAAAUAUUGGCACUUUAAUUCCACUGAGAACACCUGCCACCGUCUUGAAGCUGGUCUGUGCCCAACAUCUGGAAAUAUGUUUUCAUCUUGCGAGAAGUGCAUGAAGAGAUGCAGUGGAAGGAACCCGCUGUUACCGUGCAGUCAGGAAUACAAAAAACUGCACAAUACGUCAAAUUCGGGUAGAUUAACGCCGACGCUAGGGCGACCAGUUAUUAAACCAGUACCAUCAGAACCGAAUUUUGGACACCCAACACCGAUACCCCAGAUUGGAAGACCAACUGGAGGCGAAUGGGAGACAACCAGAUUGUGAAGAGUGAUGGCUUAACUACAGGAAGCGCAAGCCGAAUUAGCAGCGUAAAAAGCCAGGCCGCCCAGAAUGACAUUCCACAAAGGUAGUCCAACAAUGGAGCCAGAAUGCAUUUCGUCGCACCAACUGAAACAGGCAUCUAGUCUAUAGACUAGUUACAUUUGGAGAUCUAUAGCACAUCCACCAACCCCAGUACUACUGUGUUUUUGCUAAUAAAAGGAUCAGCUUGCUGAUUAAG